UUUCACAAUUAACUCAAAAUUAACGAAUUAUCAUCAAAUUAAAGUUAAUCAGUACGAAAAGAAAGUUUCAUAAUGUUUUCGAUAAUUUUUGUAAUACUAAUGAUACUUAAUCAUUCAAAUUUAAUCAAUGGUCAAUUGAUUAAUUAUACCAAAUGUGGUAAAGAUUUACCAAGUCCAACUCUAGUUAAAUUAGAUAAUUGUGAUAAUCCAGAUAUGUGUUCAGUUAAUCGGAAGCAACCAAUUCAUUUUGGUUUAUCGUAUAAAUCACCAAUCGAUGCUCAACAAUUACAAUUAAACAUUUGGAUAUCAAUUUGGGGAUUUUGGAUUGCGAUCAGGCCAAAAGCAGUUCCCGUUUGUGGUACUCAUAAUAUUGAUUGUCCAAUAAUUAAGGGUGAAUCAUAUUCUUAUAAUAUAACAAUUAACGCUCCAUGGUUUCCACAGGUUCGUACCAAGAUUAAAUUUUUACUCUCAUCGGGAAAAAGUGAACCAGUUACUUGUUUAAUUAUGAAAAUUAAAGUGAUUUAAAUUGUUUCCAAAUUUAAUGUAAUAUCUAUGAGAAAAAAAAAACCAAAUAAAAGGUAAAUUGUUAUUAUUUA